AUCGCCAGUAUUCGUCCGACCGUCGGAAAGGUCGGACGCCUUCAUUAUAUGGGUGAGUUACAGUACCCCGGCGCACCAAGCGUCGACGAUGAAAGACAGUACAGGGCGCCGUUCCGCCGCGCCCCGCAGUACAGGUGGCCGGCGCCGCAGCCGCCGCAGCCUUCGGCCUUCGCCCCCUGGCGUAGGGCUCCCGCACCACCCCGGCCUCCGGAUUAUCGACGUAGCGCAUCGUACCCCGGCAAACCUGACGAGCCUUAUCAGGAGAGAGGAGGUUUAGACAACAUGAGAUCACUGGAGCACUAUCUGACAGAUAUCAUGCGGGCGGACACAUCGGAUCACAUGAAAGGUCAGUCAAUGACAAUAUAA